GAAAUAAAGAAAACUAUAAUGUGUAGUGUAUAUGCCUCGCGGGGCGUGGAUGCGGGCGGUGUGCCGGGCGGGGAUGACGCAGGCGGUGGCGAGUGGGGCGGGGGUGGCGGCGGGCGCGGGCGCGAGUGUUCUACUGCACGCGUGCGGCGUACACUUGCUGUACUACAGCACGCCCGCGUUGCUGGGCCCGUUGUACGCCGCGCCCGCGUUAGCUGCCGCGCUGGAAGUGUUGAGCCGCGCGCGCACGUCCCCCCCACUAGUGCGCGGGUGGUGGGCGGGACGCGCGCACGCGGACGCGCUGGCGGCCGGCGCGGCGCUGCUGGUGGCGGCGUGCGCGCUGCUACGCCUCCGCUCCGGGUACGUGCCGCUGCUGUGGGCGCUACUCCCCACCGUAGCGGACCUCGCUGCCACCACCACAAGAGCCACCGACGUUGGGCGGGCAUGGUGGUGGGCGGGCGGUUACAUGGUCCCGGUCCUGCAGACCGGGUACCUUUGCCGGGAUUUCCUCGCCACUCUUGUACCGCUCGCCGGCCGCGCUGGCUCCUCACCCGUCCCUAUAGACGUGGUGAUGGCGUGCGUGGUGUCCUGUAUGGUGUUAUGGGUGUUCAGCUGGCUCGUGCCGCUCAUGGUGGCCUCCAGACAUCUGCGGCGUGGGCGGCGGGCCUGUGUGGGGCGGCGGCAUGCGCGUGGGCUGUGUGGGGGGCGGGGGAGGGGGGCGGUUACUCCCCGCGCGCCCCGCAGCGACUCAUGACCUUCCACGUGCGGAGAGACCACCACCACCACAACAACCACACACGCACUGAGACUUACUUCUGGGUGCCACAGCUGGACGACAACACUCUACACACGCUCAACAAACUAGGUCACAUAUCAAAUGAUAUAUCUUUGGAACACCGGCCGGGUUGGGUACCGUCGAACACAGUGGAGGAGUGUGAACGGUGGAUGUACUGCGGGGCGCCAUACUUCCUGCCCGUGCUGGGCCUCGUCCACCACGCGCACGCCCGCCCCGCCCCGCCCCACGCACACGCAACUCUAAUGCUCGCACACAACGCCACGCACGUGCACGGCUCGCUAUACCGCCUCACGCUCCACGUCACUGGUCCCCCGCACGUGGUGGUGAUAGUGUCGCCGGGUGCGGGCGGAGUGGUGGAGGGCAUGGAGGGCGUGGAGGGGGGAGCGGUGGAGGGGGCGCGGUGGGGUGAGCGGCGUACGUACUUCGUGUCACUGUACGCGGCGCGCGCGCACACGCAACCGCGCCGCACGCUCCACAUGACGAUAACACUGCCGGUGUCGGAUGAUCCGGAGCUGUGUCAGAUCUCAGUUUCCGGUCAUGGGAUGGGUGGUCCGCUGAGCGUGGAGCAGGAGGCGCUGAAGCAGUCGCUGCCAGAUACGGUUGCUCACUCGGGCUGGCCCGUACACCACCAUCUCUACACCAUAAACAAACCCACAGCUACUGCCACCUAG